AUGUUUUCGAAAGUCGCCGAUUUCGCUAGGAGGCAUCCCAAGAAGCUCAUCUUCGGUGGUCUGGUUGCAGGUGGCAUGUAUGCUGCGCACCGAUAUCAGUCCAGUUUUGAGGAAAACCGGCAGCAGAUCCGGAAGAAGAUCGUGGACGAGAUGAAACGAGCCGAGCAUUUUGAUGCCAUAUUGAAGACAUCGGAUCAGUCCGUCUUGAAUCUGCUUGAGACCCUCCGCCGGAAACUCAAUGCAGAGCUAGGUGUCGAGGAAAUCUUGGAGGAAGUCCGAGCAAAACCUGAGAAUCGAAUCUUCCUGUGGGAUGAAAUAAAGAUUCGAGUCCUGACCUACGGCGUCGCAUCAGUCUACACCGAAAGCUUGCUCAUCUGCGCGCUGAGGACGAUGAUGGGGAUCAUAGGCGGUUACAUGCUCGCGAAUUCAAGGCGGAAAUCCAACCAGGCGAACGAAGUCCAUAGCGCUUACUUGAACAUGCUCCAGAACUUCCUCGACAAAGGAGUGCACGAGGUGAUACGGGUCGUCAAGAUCCAUGUUUUGGCUGCAUUCGGUCCCAUCGAAUUGAAGCAAGUUGUCACCGCGGACGACUUUCUUCUGGGAUUCAAUUUCGUGAGAACGAACGUGAAGAUCAUCGAAAACGCUCCGGCCUAUCUGAUGAUGGACCAUUGGACGCCGGCGUGCACGUCGCAGGAGAAUCCGCUGUCAAACUCCGAAAUCCUCAAUCAACUAACCUCCGAAACGAGAGACAUCUUGCAAUGUCAUGACUGCCAAGCCGUUCUUGAGCGUCUGAUAGGCUCCGGUUUCCGAGGCCUGAACGCUAUUGCGACGAAGGCUUUCGGCUAUGUCGGAGACGGGAAGUGCCAUCUCAUUACUCUAUUGCCAUCCUUGAAAACAGAGAUCUACAAACGGGACAACGGCUUCGUGAAGGAAAGUCUGAACAGCUCCUGCUCGAAGGAUUUCUCGGCCAAUGUAUACGAGGCGUUCUGCAACAAUCCGAGGGACUAA